AUGAGAGAAGUUAUAAGUCUUCACGUUGGACAGGCAGGAAUUCAAGUCGGAAACGCUUGCUGGGAGCUAUUCUGUCUAGAACAUGGUAUACAGCCGGAUGGUCACAUGCCUGAUGAAAGAUCAUAUUCAAAUGAUGAUGCUUUUACGACGUUUUUUAGUGAAACUGGAGCUGGCAAACAUGUACCCAGAUCAAUAUAUGUCGAUUUGGAGCCAAGUGUGGUGGAUGAAGUUAGGAGUGGAGCUUACCGUCACUUGUUUCACCCGGAACAACUGAUAUCAGGCAAGGAGGAUGCUGCUAAUAACUUUGCACGUGGACACUACACCGUCGGAAAGGAUGUAAUAGACGCUAUUCUGGACAGGAUAAGGAAGCUCGCAGAGAAUUGCACAGGACUCCAGGGAUUCCUGAUGUUCAACGCAGUCGGUGGUGGCACCGGGAGUGGGCUAGGAUGUCUGAUUCUGGAGCGUCUCUCCGUGGACUACGGAAAAAAGAGCAAGUUAAACUUCUGCUGCUGGCCCUCUCCGCAGGUUUCAACGGCCGUGGUAGAACCCUAUAACUCAGUCCUCUCGACACACUCGUUGCUGGAGCACACCGACGUGGCAGUUCUGCUCGACAACGAGGCGAUUUAUGACAUAUGCAAGAGGAACCUCGACAUUGAAAGGCCCACUUACACCAACUUGAACAGGUUGAUAGCGCAGGUGAUCAGCUCCCUGACCGCCAGUCUCAGGUUCGACGGAGCCCUCAACGUCGACGUCACGGAGUUCCAGACGAACCUGGUGCCGUACCCGAGAAUCCACUUCAUGUUGAGCAGCUACGCGCCCAUGAUCUCCGCUUCCAAGGCCUACCACGAGCAGUUAUCGGUCGCCGAAAUCACGAAUUCCGCCUUCGAGCCGCACAACAUGAUGGCCAAGUGCGACCCGAGGCACGGGAAGUACAUGGCCUCCUGCAUCUUGUACAGGGGCGACGUCGUGCCCAAGGACGUCAACGCCGCAGUCGCAGGCAUCAAGACUAAAAAGUCGAUUCGGUUCGUCGACUGGUGUCCGACCGGGUUCAAGGUCGGAAUCAACUACCAGCCGCCCACCGUCGUGCCCGGGGGCGACCUUGCCAAGGUUGCGCGCGCAGUCUGUAUGAUCAGCAACUCCACUGCCAUCGCCGAGGUCUUCUCGAGGAUGAACUACAAGUUCGAUUUGAUGUACUCCAAGAGGGCCUUCGUGCACUGGUACGUCGGAGAGGGCAUGGAGGAGGGCGAGUUCAGUGAGGCUCGCGAGGACUUGGCCGCCUUGGAGAAGGACUACGAGGAGGUUGGAAUCGAUUCGACGGCACCUGAAUAA